GCUUUAUUAGUGCCACUGGUGUUAAUUAGCUGAUGCGUGUCAGUGUACAGCUGCAGAUUCAGUGCGUGAAGGUAGCUGCAGUGUCCAGGUGAAUCAUGGCUCGAACUGGGUUUUGUGAUUCCAGGCAACUGUUGGACCUCCAUAUGACUGAGGACAGACAAGCGCCUCUGCGGACGUGGGCAAACUCCUGUGUUCUGAGGGGGCGCAGGGUGUUUGCUGAAAGAGAGGAGGUUGGGUCAGGGCAGCACUACAAACCUUCACAGGAGAGUCGAUGGGUUCAAAGGCUUCCCAUAUCCGCAGAGGAUGGGAUCAUAAUGGACUAUGCUCCGCAAGACGAAUCAAUAACUUCAGAUGUCUAUGAAGAGGAGGCUUUGCUGAAGUAUCUGAACAGGUUGCCAGGUCCACCUAGUCUGCGGGAACUGAUGCCCGGGCUUCUGCGCAGAGAGGUGGAAGUAGCCAUCAGCAAGCUGGGGCUCCUUUAUGACCAGACCUAUGCAUGGGACAUCUUUUCAGACAUGAUGAGAAGUCAGCUACUAUGCACUCUUCCAAAUGCUGACCUGCCCAAGCCUUUCACUGACACAACCAGAGCCAUUUUGGUUGACUGGCUAACUCAAGUCCAUGAAGUGUUUCAGUUCUCAGAGGAAACAUUGUAUCUUGCGGUACACCUGUUGAAUCGAGCGCUAAGGCUCAUCAAAGUGUCCAUCACUGGCCUGCAGUUGCUUGGUGUGGUUUGCCUCUUUCUGGCUGCCAAAAAAGAGGAAUGUCUUUUACCAGAGGUUUCAGAGCUCUGCUAUCUGAUGGAGAAUGCCUACAGUAAGAAACAACUGCUACGGAUGGAGAGGAGAGUUUUAACCGGGCUCAAGUUUGAUCUUUACUACUGUCCCCCUCUUCACUUUCUUCUCAUCUCUGCUUCCAUUGCGCGCUGCAGCGACAAGGUGGUCUGGAUGGCACGGUACCUGUUGGAGCUGUCGCUCCUGGAGGGGCAGUGCGUGGUGUAUCUGCCCGUCCAGCUGGCAGGUGCUGCCCUCCGUCUGGCCCGAAGUAUCCUCCAGGAAGCUCCCACUCCAGAUGGAGAGACGGCCUGGUGCAUUGCCUCUAGUAUCCAUAUAGGAAGUGAAGCAGCUCUCCUCAGUAUAAUGCAGAUCAUGGCCAUGGCAGCAGCGAGAGCACAUGCUCGUGAGACCCGUGCAACUUUCAUCAAGUUCUCCGCUAUACAAACCCUCCAUGUCAGCAUGCACCCUGCCCUGAAGGCUGCCCCUGGCUUACUGGGCCUGUCGUGCCCUCAGACAUGACGCUCUAUCAACACCAGUGAGGAGGCCAAAUGGGGCCGGAAAUGUUCAGGACAGCUGCAUAGCACUGCUACUCUGGGAAGGGAAAUAAAUGCGGAAUGUGGCCAGUCACGAGCAUUAUUGCACUGGACAUCAGUGAACAUCAGAAUACCUCUGUAGGAGAGCUGGUUACUCUUUUUGGACUGAAUUGUUUUCUGUAACUUUUUAUAGUAAUCUUAUGUCACAAUGUAAAAGGAUAAAGAAGAAAUGUGUAUUUAUGUCUGUAGCUUUUAAGUGUUUAUCAAUGAAAUGGUGAAAACUCUCUAUAUAGGUGUUAUGGUGUCUAAUGAAAUUAAAGCACUUUGAAACAUUUACUGUUUUUAAGUGUUUUUGAAAAAUGUGUCUGUUUUAAGAUUGUGAAAAAUAAAAAUGACAUGUCUGUUUCGGAAAACUUAA